CUUGCAGCUAUCUUGAGCAUAGAAUGGAGAGCUACACUGUCGUCUCACCUGGGGAUUCUACUCCCUACAAAACCGUUCCCCUCUCAUCCCCCGAUGAAGCCAUAAAUGCCUUGAAGCACUCGUCAAAUGCCUUUCAGUCGUGGCGUAAAACAGCGCUCGAGGAGCGAAUUGCUAUCAUGGAAAAGUUUUUGACGUCUAUUCUAUCUAAAAAGGAUGAUAUUGCUACCGAGCUGGCCAACCUCAUUGGUCGUCCGUUAAAACAAAACUAUAAUGAGUUACGCGGCCUAGAGGAGCGUGCGCGGUACAUGAUGUCUGUGGCGCCCGAGGCAUUAAAGGACGUUGAGUGUGAGCCAAAGGAGGGCUUUCAAAGGUUUAUGAGAAAAGAACCUUUGGGGACUGUGCUGGUUAUUGCGGCAUGGAAUUAUCCCUAUUUGAUUGCAGUGAAUGGGGUGGUGCCUGCUCUUUUAGCAGGGAAUACGGUUAUUUUGAAGCAUGCUCCGCAGACCUUCCCUUGUGCUGAACGGUUUUCGGCGGCCUUCAAAGAAGCAGGUUUACCUGAUGGUGUAUUUCAGCAUCUUCACAUUAGCCAUCCUACCACCGAGCUCCUCAUCAAGCAUCCCCUUCUCUCCCACAUUCUCUUUACUGGAUCCGUCCGUGGUGGUAAGGAAGUUUCCAAAGCAGCGUCCGAUCGCUUCAUUGGCGUGGGUCUCGAAUUGGGUGGAAAAGACGCUGCCUACGUUCGCCAAGAUGCAGACGUUCUCUAUGCGGCAGAGAAUAUUGUAGAUGGUGCCAUGUACAACUCUGGACAGAGCUGUUGCGGAAUUGAGAGGGUCUACGUUCGGCAGGAGGUUUGGGAUCAGUUCUUGGAAAAGGUUGUUCAAGUUGUCAAAGGGUAUAAGCUUGGUGAUCCCUUUGCUCCAGAAACCAAUCUUGGACCAGUCAUACGGACUGAAUCUGCACAUGUCAUUCGUGAACACGUUGCGGACGCUAUCUCAAAAGGCGCCAAACCUCUUAUCGACGAAAGCCUCUUUCCAUCAGCCAAGCCCGGCACACCCUACGUUGCUCCCCAAGUUCUCAUCAAUGUGGACCACUCCAUGCGUAUCAUGCGGGAAGAGACAUUCGGGCCUGUGGUUGGAAUCAUGAAAGUUGCGUCUGAUGCGGAAGCUGUUCAGUUAAUGAAUGAUUCCGAGUUUGGCUUGACUGCCUCGAUUUGGACAAAAGAUGUGGAAAAGGGGUUGAACAUUGGGGAGGAUUUGCAAGUUGGCACGGUGUUUAUGAAUCGCUGUGAUUAUCUGGAUCCGGCAAUGGCGUGGACCGGCUGGAAAGACUCUGGGAGAGGUGUCACGCUAUCAAAGUUUGGUUUCGACCACUUGACAAGGUUGAAGAACUUUCAUUUGAGGGUCAAAAUAUAAGCUUUUAUAUUCAGAUAAAGAUAAAUAAUAUAAAAUGGGCAAAAUCUACAAGUUGAG